AUGGUCGGCAACCGUUCGCGGAACUCCUGUGCGAGGCCGACUGCUGAGCCAGGCCAGGGCGGCGCGGCUGCCUACGGCGGCGCCUCAUUCGCAACCGCUCCAACAGUCUCGGCCUCACUUUCCGGAUGUUGGGCCACCGGCGCCGGCAUGGCCCGGGCCAGUUCCGGACCAGAUGUUUGUUCGUCUCCGUCCACGUGCUCAUCGCGGUUUUCGGAGACGUGUGGCGCCUCCACGGCGGAACGCGGUGCUGGCGGUGCGAGUGCGCGGCGGAACUCGUCCGAGAAGCGGUCAAGCGCGCUCGCCAACGCCGAGCCGCCGUACGAGCGCGCGUGGUUUCUUGGCCCAAUCACCUUGUAG